AUGGCCUCUCCCCGUCCUGCCUCUCCUCUCACCUCCGGCGCCGAGUCCGGUCCUGACUCCAAGUCCGCCGGUGCCGUCGCCGCCUCCGGCUCGUCCGUCAGCCGUCCUUCCUCUCCUACUCCCCCCGGCGGCCCUCGUGCUGCUAUGCGCCGCCGCGCUGCUGCCGACCACAAGGAAUCUCUCCGCAAUGCUCGCCCUGCGUCUACCCGCUCUGCCGGUGCCGGUGGCUCGUCCGGUACCAUGCUGAAGCUGUACACCGAUGAGAGCCCCGGUCUCCGCGUUGACCCCGUCGUUGUUCUCGUCCUGAGUCUGGGUUUCAUCUUCUCCGUCGUCGGUCUCCACGUCAUCGCCAAGAUCACCCGCAAGUUCUCCGCAUAA